UACUUCGGCGCGAUCAGCAGUGAUUUCUCGGCGUGUCGUUGAGUCAGGUUGGCGGGCGCGUUACCUGUACCCUGCGGAAGCAAGCGGAUCUGUGUUUUUGUCUCUUGGAAGAAAUUAGCAUUUUUGCUAGUGAUUAAACACACAUUAGUUUGCCUUUAGAAUAGUUUGUUGUUGUGGAAUGGUUGUACACAUUAACAUAUGCAGUUUACUAAAAUGUGGAGAGAUAAAAAGCAAUAAAUGUUAACAGUGAAUUGGUGUUUACGUUGGUGAUGAUUAUAUCAAUAGAUAAAAAGUGAAUUCCCGUAGAAAAGAAGUUUGCGCUAUCUGGGCGGAAUAAGGAACACACACUUAGUUCAGAAUAGUGUUUUUAGGUGAUUUCAUACUGAACGAUCCAGCGAACAACAAGCAAGGGGAUUUCUGGUGGAUUACAUGGAAUAAAGCUCAAAUGGAUAUGGUCGUCCCUUUAGCCCACAGUAAGAAGGAAGCCAACGAAAUGAUUUCUACGUGAACGCCGUUCUAUUUUCCAUCCAAAUCAUUCAACCAACAUCACUUUCACGUGAAUAACUAAUAUGCGGACUCCAAUGUUCGAAUCAAUUCGCAAUUUCCUUCGAACGAAGAAGAAAAGCAAAGAUAAAGAUGGUGCCGGUGUUAUGGAUGCCAGCUUCAAACGAAGCGACUCGUUCAAACGAAUCAGCAUACGGAAAAGUUACUUGGAUCGAGGACGAAAGCGAGCUGCUAUGCGAGCUCGUGCAAUCGGGAACAGUAUGAAUAGCACUUGCACUAGUUCAACAAGUCAAAUUGCCAGUGUAAGCAAGCCAGGGAAGACGGCCGAAGUGAAAAAUGGGAUUUUCGUUGGUUCCGUGCCAAGUAGUAUUUUCAACAACCAACCAGACUUGAAUCAGGACUCUGAUUCAGCGUCAAAAGAGACCGAAGUACAAAUUAUAGCGGUAGAUUUUCAAGAGGCAAAAUGUGGUACCAGUAAUAGGAUAUGCAAUGAAGUUAUAAAUGAAGAGAAUAUAUCGAACGUGAACGUAGAGGGGACUGUCGACUUUUCAGACGACUACUCAGUCCAUGGCUUCAAUUUAAAUACUUGUCAAGAGUCGAAACAAAUGUCGUUUGAAGAUAUUGUUUAUGACAAAGCCGAUGUAGUUCGGUUAGAAAAUGAAUCGGCUGCGCCCAGUUUAAUCACUUUCAAAACAUUCACGCCUGAUAAACACUACCUUGAGACGAGCUUCGAUUCCAUAGAAUCAGUUGGCAAUUUGAUGCAUUCGAAUAGCUUAGACUCGAUAAAGCCGGUGGCGAACAUCUCGCGGACGACCCUCGUCUAUGACACUCCAUCUUUGAACAACAACUUCACUGGUGAAAGCAUUGUUAUCCGAAUCUCUGGUACAACUAGCAGCGGCGGUAGUAAUGAGGAUGAAAUGAAUAUGCUCCAGCAUGAAAUCAUCUCGAAGAAAGAAAGCAUCGAUUCGGCUCUUGAACUUGACUCCGAGCUGAUCUUAACUGAUGGCAAUAGCAAUAAGCAUAAUCACAGUAAUCAGCACCAGCGGCACAGGCCUCCCGACGAGCAUGUCGAAAAAAAGCAUGAAGACGUUUCAAUGAACGAGAAGUACACUUUCGAAAUCUUCAAGGAGUUGCAGUCGAAGAAAUCGGAAGGCCCAGUAGUAACCGCAUCGCGGGCCUCUUCGCUAAACGAUAUUCACUUUGGCGUUGGCUCAUCAAUUACUUUGGAUGAAGUCAAUGAAAAUCCAUCAUCGCCGCGUACGUUCCAGUCAUUCGUAUUUGACCCCGAGAUUGACUUGUACGACAAUGCGGACAUUAUAUCACCAGACAGUUCGAUCCCGUAUCCACUGAGGGUCAAGACGAAUCCGUUUACCAGACAAAAGGAAUUGUAUUCGGUGAACCUAGGACGAAUUUGGAAGCAAUUGAACCUGGGGCAAGAUGAAGAUUUGUCUUUGGACAUGUCGACGACUUUCAAGAAAAAGAAUGAAUCGUUUAAGUCGAUGUCCUCUCACGAUUCUGGUUUUAGUUUAACUUUAACGAAACCAAAGAGUCUAUUUCGACGUAAGCCCAAGCAAGGAACCUACGCGCGAAGGAAUAAAGCUGCGAAGUUAGCGGUAUCACGCGAUAGCUUUGUAAAACGACCGGUCAUUGUUCAACGAAACUCUUCACGUCGAAGGAGGGUUAAGCGAAGCACGUACGAUACGUAUGGCCGCAAGAAAUACAACAAUGAAUCUUUUCUCCGUGAAUUUGAAGAGUUCUGUGCUGCUCGAAGGCAGCAUAUGAUUGCCAAAAGAAAUUUCACUGAAUUCGGUGAAUUCUACGGCGAUGAAGACUUCAAUCAAGAAAUGAGUGAUCUGGAGGCCUUUUUCGAAGAUCAUCUUAGAAAGCUGAAAUCCUACUAUCUGGAGCGAAAGAAGUUGAAUGAAACUGCAUUGAGCGAAUUCUACAAUGACUUUCCGUUGUCGGAAUCAGAUUAUACGUUUCCUCAUCCAGACAAAAGGCAACCAGUUCCAAGUAAAAAGAAGCAUAAGUACCUGUUCCAAGAGGUCCGAACGUUCAAUGACGACACAAAGUAUUCUUCACUGGAAUUCACAGAACGUGGCAGGCAUUGUCGAGGCGAUGAAAAGAUUCAAUAUGCGGAUAUCGAUUUUGAUUACGACAAUAGGAAUAUGUUCGAUUACCCGAAAAGCUGGCAUAUGACUGCAAAGAAAAAAUCGUUCGGUCGUCAUGGUCGCCGUUAUAGGCGAACAAGUAGUUGCUCUCGAAAGCCCCGGGAAAUUUGCUUAGCGAAUAUUUUUCCGGCAGUUGAUCAACCACCGGCAUUGGAAAUCAGUGGUGGUGAUGUUUGUACACUUUGUUGCAAACCAUUUUCUACGGAGAGAACGCCCCAGCGUAGGUGGUCCAUCGCCAGUGAUGAAUUCAGUGAACAAGAAUUUUUAUCGAAUUGUGAACUUUGCUGGGAAUGUGAUAACCAAUUGGCAGAAUGUGUUUGUACCCGGGAAAAUGUUAACAAUGAUGAGGAUGACUAUUGUUCUUGUCCGAAAGAUAUUCGUGCAAUAAAUCGUAAUGAGAUUCCGGUCGGUAAGCGGAAAGUUCGACGGAAAAAAUCAAAAAGGAAAAUUCGAAAAAAUCACUCGACGUUAAGGAAAAGUUUUAGUGGAAAUUGGGACAUCACUCAAAAAGGCUAUGAAAAGAAGAGGGCAAGACUGUUGCAACCAUACAUUGCAAAAAACACACAAGGUGAUGGAGGAUUUGAUCAUCGACCGACUAUGCCCGGAUAUUACAAUCUUCAACAAAACAAGGAUCAACCGCAACAGCCAGGUACUGGAGGAAAUGGUGUUGGGGGCGGUGGUGGUGGCGUGCAAUUAUCAAGCGAGGGCUAUAGUUAUGUUACAGAUGUUCCAUCAUUGCCAUCACAUCAUCGUCAUUCAAGUUCACAUCAUAAGUCCUCGUCGUCAUCUUCACAUCAUCAUCAGGGUGGUGGAAGUGGUGGUGGUAACUCCGGAAAUGGCGGUCCAGGCCAUCAGAAUCGCGUCCGAAGGACACAACGCCGUGUUACGCAUAAUGAGAAACGAUAUCACUCAGCGGGUCGAGCUGGUUCUCCACAAAAGUCAGGAACGCACAUAUCAAACGAACUCAAUAGUCAAUUGGCUGCGUUGUCCGUUCAAGCGGCGGCGAAGUCCAAUUUCAAAGGGUGCAUUCCAUAUAAAUCAGCACAAUAUCCAGAGCCAGGACAACAAGCAGGAUCUACCUCAUUGCCUCAAUCGCCAGUAUUACAAUCCAGGCAACAAGCUCCAGCCUCUUCAAACGUGGGUGUUCUGUCGGUGAACUCGAAGCAAAUAACGACAACGCAUGGUAGCAGCGGUAGUAGCAGUGGAGGCAUGAUUGCCCCAAGCUCAAUUCUGGCCGCUGUCCGAUCACUGGCGGCGAACAAUAAUGGUCCAAAAAGUGAGUCCAACUCAAGUGGAUGUGGUGACAAUAAGAAUCCUAGUCCUAGUGAAAAUACUGCUUCCACAAAUGCGCAAAGUAGUCAGGCUGUGGCACGACAAAAUCGACGACUGGGUCGUCAUGAAAGUCGAUAUACAAGUGAAGUAAGACAGGAAGCAGUACAGCAAGCCUUGGCCGCAUUGAAAAAUCGACCAAAGCCAAGUUUACCGAUGCCAUCGAAACGUAGUUCUGUACUUAAUCGAAGUCCCGAUCGUGAUAAUGACGAUACAGAUUCAACAUCAGAUGAUGAUCCCAUACCCGAGGAAAGAAUCUCAACGCCAGAUCGUGAAUACAAUUACCCGCGUGAUCACAUCUCAAACUCUCGCGAACAGAUAAAACCACCAGUUCGUGAUUCAUCGACCGGCGGCGGUGGUGGAGGUGGCGGGGGAGGAGGCGGUGGUGUCGGUGCACAUCACCAUAAGAAUUAUUCAGAUCGUCGUCCGCAUCACAAUCUACCGCCACCCCCCCAUUCCGAUACUUCGAGCGCCGGUUCACCGCCGGCAGUACACAGGAAGAAUAAUUUCGAUUUCACAGAUAUUUCGGAGUUCCAAAGAGGAUAUGUCCAACCUGAUAUAACGCAGUUCAGUGCUAAUACACGACGCGGUGCCGACCGGGUUACCCGAUAUGUAAAUAUUCCUGGGUCUGAACCUGGUGACACCGGUACGACCGGACGUUGGAAAGUCUCUGCGAAAAUUCAACAACUACUCAAUACCCUCAAACGGCCUAAACGGCGACCACUGCCAGAAUUCUACGAGGAUAACGACAUUGAAUUGGAGAUAGCUGCCAAUCCGAAAGAUCCAAAUGCACCGAAACCCGAAGGAAACACCAUGACACCUGUCCAAGGAGAGCAGCUUACUGUCGCGGCAGGGCUCCCUCGUACAUUGGAGGCAGCUUUGCAACGCUUCGGUACCAAUUCAGCCAAGUCACCCAUGGCGACCGUGUUAGAUCCUAAUGGAAAGUUGACGACAACAUUGACAUACGGAAAGCUCCUUUCACGCGCACAAAAAAUCGCUUUUGCAUUAUCUACAAAAGUUUUUAGUAAAGGACCCGAACAAAUCACUUUGAAACCUGGCGAUCGUGUGGCAUUAGUGUACCCAAAUAGUGAUCCCUUAAGUUUUAUUGCGGCCUGGUAUGGCUGUAUGUUCCGAGGCUUAGUUCCACUACCCAUAGAGCUACCACUAUCGAGCUCGGAUUCACCACCUCAACAAGUCGGAUUCUUACUCAACUCUUGUGGCAUUCAUGUGGCCCUAACAUCCGAAGCAUGCUUGAAAGGAUUGCCAAAAUCGACUACUGGCGAAAUAGCAAAACUAAAAGGGUGGCCACGUCUGCACUGGUUCGUUACCGAACACUUGCCCAGACCCACGAAGGAUUUCAACGUAAACAAUGUACGAAUUGAAGAAACAGCCACAUCCUAUAUCGAAUAUACAAGCGACAAGGAAGGCAGUGUCAUGGGAGUGACUGUGACGCGUCAAGCGAUGAUGAAUCAUUGCCGAGCUCUAACCAUGGCUUGCCACUAUACAGAAGGCGAGACGAUCGUUUGUGUUUUAGACUUCAAACGAGAAGUCGGCUUAUGGCAUGCUGUACUCACAUCAGUACUGAAUGGAAUGCAUGUUCUCUUCAUUCCAUAUGCAUUAAUGAAACUACGUCCGUCAUCUUGGAUGCAACUUAUAACCAAAUACCGAGCGUCGUGCUGUUUGGUUAAGAGCCGUGAUUUGCAUUGGGGUCUAUUGGCUACAAAAGACCAUAAGGAUAUUUCAUUGUCAUCUCUUCGAAUGCUGCUUGUAGCGGAUGGUGCUAACCCAUGGUCGCUUUCGUCCUGUGAUCAAUUCCUUAGUAUAUUCCAGUCGAAAGGACUACGACCGGAUGCAAUAUGCCCUUGUGCCAGUAGUUCUGAAGUCUUCACUGUUUCGUUACGGCGUCCAGGAAGAUCAAGUGGCGGUUGCAGUCAAUCGGCAACUGGACGAGGUGUAUUAUCGAUGGCAGCUUUAUCACAUGGAGUUGUACGAGUGGAUAGUGAAGACUCUUUAACGUCGUUGACAUUACAAGACUGCGGACAAGUGAUGCCUGCUGCUCAAAUGGUUGUUGUGAGAUCCGAAGGUCCACCAGUUUUGUGUAAAACUGAUCAGGUCGGAGAAAUAUGUGUAACCAGUGGAGCAACUGGAUUAUCAUACUUUGGUUUAGACGGACUUUCAAAUUCAACGUUCAAAGUUCAACCACUUCUAGAUGAUCCUGAUCCAAAAGACUCGAGCUCCGGCAAAACAAUAAGCGAGGAAUACUACGUUCGUUCAGGACUACUUGGCUUCCUAGGACCGGGCGGAUUAGUUUUUGUAUGCGGAUCUCGCGAUGGUCUUAUGACUGUAACUGGACGCAAACACAACGCUGAUGACAUAAUAGCAACCGUUUUAGCUGUUGAGCCAAUGCGAUUUAUUUACCGUGGUCGCAUUGCAGUGUUCAGUAUAAAGGUUCUGCGUGAUGAACGCGUUUGUGUGAUUGCUGAACAACGUCCCGAUUGCUCUGAAGAGGAGAGUUUUCAAUGGAUGUCGCGGGUUUUGCAGGCAGUCGAUUCGAUACAUCAAGUUGGAAUUUAUUGUUUAGCUCUUGUGCCACCGAAUCAUCUACCAAAGACACCAUUGGGUGGAAUUCAUUUAUGCGAAGCGAGACGAAGAUUUUUGGAAGGUUCAUUACAUCCAGCGAAUGUUUUAAUGUGCCCGCAUACGUGCGUAACGAAUCUGCCGAAACCGAGGGAAAUUCAUCAAGGGGUGCAACCAGGAACAACUAGUAGCUCAUCAUCUGGAUGUGGUAUUACAGACACAUCAGUUGGACCUGCGUCAGUUAUGGUCGGUAACCUGGUUCAAGGCAAUCGCUUGGCUGUCGCACAAGGACGUGAUGUCGGAUUAUCAGAGGAUAGCGAGAAGAAGCACCAACUUAUAACUGGAGUAUUGAGAUGGAGAGCGAAUACAUCACCGGAUCAUGUUCUAUACACUCUUCUCAAUUCUAAGGGAGCCGUUGCCAAAACACUCACAUGUUCAGAACUUCACAAACGGGCCGAAAAGAUUGCUGCCUUGUUGCAGGAGCGAGGAAAAGUCAACCCUGGGGAUCAUGUUGCACUAAUCUUCCCGCCUGGACUAGAUUUGAUUUGUGCAUUUUAUGGCUGUCUAUAUUUGGGUGCUAUUCCAAUCACUAUUAGACCACCGCAUCCCCAAAAUCUGAUUACAACCCUUCCAACUGUGCGUAUGAUCGUGGACGUUUCAAAGAGUGGCAUCGUUCUAUCGAUUCAACCAAUUAUAAAAUUGCUGAAAUCACGUGAAGCGGCUGCGUCAAUUGAUCCGAAGAGUUGGCCACAUAUUUUGGAUAUUGACGACAAUCCAAAACGAAAACUGACUGCCAUUGCAAAUGCAACUUUAGAUUCAACAGCUUAUUUAGAUUUUAGUGUGUCGACAUGUGGACGAUUGAGUGGUGUUAUUAUCACGCACAGGUCGCUGUCCAGUUUAUGUGCCAGUUUGAAACUAGCUUGUGAAUUGUAUCCGUCACGACAUGUAGCUUUAUGCCUUGAUCCGUAUUGUGGCUUAGGAUUUGCAAUGUGGACUCUAUUGAGCGUCUACAGUGGGCACCAUUCGAUCUUGAUAGCUCCGUAUGAAGUUGAGGCAAAUCCCAGCUUGUGGCUGUCUACGCUAUCACAAUAUCGUGUCCGCGAUACUUUCUGCUCAUACGGCGUCAUAGAACUAUGCACAAAGGCUCUUAGCAAUUCGAUACAAAUGCUAAAGCAACGUAAUGUCGACUUGCGAUGUGUCCGGACCUGCGUCGUUGUAGCUGAGGAAAGGCCACGGGUACAAUUGACACAACAAUUCUGUAAAUUAUUCCAGGCUCUGGGAUUGAACACACGAUGCGUUUCUACAUCGUUUGGAUGCCGAGUUAAUCCAGCAAUUUGUGUACAAGGUGCCAGUUCGGCCGAAAGUGCUCAGGUAUAUGUUGAUCUUCGUGCAUUGAGGAAUAAUCGGGUAGCUCUGGUAGAACGCGGUGCUCCGAAUUCGUUGUGUUUAAUAGAAUCAGGCAAACUCCUGCCUGGGGUUAAGGUUAUUAUUGCGAAUCCAGAAACGAAAGGACAUUGUGGUGACUCUCAUCUUGGUGAGAUCUGGGUCCAGUCUCCACACAAUGCCAAUGGAUACUUUACAAUUUAUGGUGAUGAGACAGACUAUAACGACCAUUUCAAUGCCAAACUAGUAACAGGUGCAACGACUGAAAUGUAUGCCCGCACCGGUUAUCUAGGCUUCCUCCGUCGAACGGAAUGCUCUCAGGCCGUCUCUAUUCUGGAUGAGACUACACCAAGUGUUGCGAGCCGUGAUAGUGAUAAUGAGUCUCUCCAUUCGCUUAGUCAGUUACAACAUAAUAUGUCGGCUUUGUCUAUCGCGAGUGUGGGUCAAACCAACAGCGAGCAAGAAUUGCAUGACGCAGUCUACGUUGUGGGUGCCCUGGACGAGGUGAUCACGCUAAGAGGAAUGAACUAUCAUCCAAUCGACAUAGAGAAUUCGGUGUUGAGAUGUCAUAAGAAGAUUGCUGAGUGUGCUGUUUUCACGUGGACAAAUCUACUAGUCGUUGUAGUUGAAUUAGAUGGCAAUGAGUCCGAGGCUCUUGAUUUAGUCCCGCUUGUUACAAACACUGUACUGGAGGAGCACCAACUCAUAGUGGGAGUUGUUGUGGUUGUCGAUCCAGGGGUCGUUCCCAUCAACAGCCGUGGUGAGAAGCAGCGAAUGCAUUUACGUGAUGGCUUUUUGGCCGAUCAACUAGAUCCAAUCUAUGUUGCAUACAAUAUGUAAAUAAGUAUAAUAAGACGCUAGAUUAACUGCAGUUGAUAGAGUUAGGCUCGAUGAUGGUGGGAUUCUAUCUGAUUAUUUAGGGCGACAGUUAGCACACUUGUAACACACAAACAAACCGAGACACGUAAAAAAGACUCAACGGCGUAGAAAGAGAAAACACAGUAGCAAUUUAGAUACAGGCGAAAAUACAAUUCAUUAUGUGUAUGACAUAGUUAUUCUAUGCAAAUACAAUAUUUAUACAAUAUGAAGAAAAAUAAUUUUCCUAUUAAUUUUCACGUAUCUCUCGAAUAUUACAAUACUAUGCAUACGUCAUAACAAUAGUUAGAUGUAGGGAAUAUUUUCAUUGCUAUACUUUCUUCGAGACUAGUUCAUUGCGUUUCGUGAAUUAUGUAUUGUAAUUACCUUUGGCAAUUGAAUUUUUGGAGGUAAUGGGAUAACACUGGAUGGUCGAAGGUCAUGAGCGGGGCUAAUGGAAGACGCGCCGCUGCGGAGAUGACCACACGUAUUUACAGCCAUUCGGUAAGAGCAAAAUGCGUAAAUUAUGAUACAUCGUAGCUAUUAACGAGUUAUAAACAACCAAAACAUAUUCUUCACAUCCACGCAGACACAAAUAUUUAUACGAAUACGAAUCUAUAUAAAUGAAUGAUGAACAAUGAAUCGAUUAAAAUUAUGCUAUUGCGUUAUUAUUUCUAAUUUUAUUCGAGCAAUAAUAGUAGGAAGAAGAGAAACACUAUUUAAGGAUUGUAGAGUAAAAACGUAAAUUUUGUUAUGUGAGAAGAAUGAAAAGAUAGUGGAAAAGACAUUUCAGUGUCGUCGCGCAAUCUUCUUUGUCUAUUCUAUUAUUUUUAAUUGUAACUUUUAUAUUACUUACACGAUAAUAGGAUAUUAGAGAGAAUUAUUUUAUUUUGAUUAUAUACAUAUGUAUUUUAUUAUUUUUGUCUCUUUAAGUGAAACAAUUUUUUGUGAUUUUUUCCGAUAUAUUAUAUAAAAUCGUAUAUAUAUGAGAAUUUUAGAAAUAAAUUUGCAUUAGUUUUGUCUUAAUGAAAA